UCAGGUCGUAUUUGCGCAAACUUUGAUUUUGAGGAGGGUAAUCUAACGGGAUGGAUCCAAGAAGGGACUGCUUUCAAAAACCAACCGACUUAUGGUGAUAAUUUCGAUGCACGAGGCAAACCAUCCAAACUCCAUGGCAACUGGUAUAUCGGGACAUUCGAGAAUCGACCGAGCCCUUUGUACCCAGUAGGUGGCCAACAAGGCGAUGUGCCAACCGGAAAACUGACGUCACCGUCGUUCGUCAUUCAAGGUCCAACUCUCAAGUUUCUGAUUGGAGGCGGGGCAAGAAACACAAAUUUUCAGCGCGCGGAGCUUCUGAUUGGUGGAAUCGUCGUUGUCAAUGAGACGACCAGCACUGGGAAUGAAGAAAUGAUCGAGAAGAACUGGAACGUGAGUGAGCUCAUUGGCAAGACAGCACGCCUUCGAGUUGUGGAUGAUGGAGAUGGGAAGUGGGGUCACAUUAAUUUUGAUUAUUUUCGUGACGAGACUUGUGCCGGUCCUUAGAACCGCCUAACAAAACACUGUAGGGACAAGAACUGCCUUCCGCUCUUAGUUACGUAUUCCAUGCAUGUUCUCUUAUGAUUUAUAUGAAAAAGUCAAAAUUGGUGGCUAAACUUUCCGAAGCAGAUUGUCUUCUUGUAACGUAUGAUAUUUGUACCAAGUAGCUUGGUGGAUUUUGCACUUUAUCGGUUGCUUUCAUUACGUCACACUAUUCGAGCUCUCUCUAGCGACUUGUAAAAACCUUAAGCUGAAUGAAAUAUUGAAUGUCUAGAUAAAUAUUAUCUGUUUUUAGGACACGGUUUCUAUCAGACGGCAUAGAAAAUAAAUUUCAAGAUAUUACACUAUGUAUUUUUUUUUAUGAAACGGUAUUCGAAUUUAAAGUUCUUCACUGUAUUUCCGUUACAGACACAUGAAAAGUGAAGUGAAACACAAAUAAUGGAGGUUUUCGAUCAAAUUGAAAACCAGGAGAACAUGUUAUCCUGGUGGUAACACCCCUUUCUAUGAAAUUUGUUGUAAAAAAUAUUUAAAUGAAAAAAAAAAAAACACCCACAAAAA